AUUUAGCCUGUUCCGAAUGGUUAAAACUUUAUUUUAAACUGGCACGGUGUGUUUGGUGUGUUUUAGGGGGAAGACUUUGGUGCUAAAAAAGUGUGGGAUUUAUUCAGAUAGAGAAAACACUACUGUUUUACGCCAUUGCUCGCUCGCUGUGCGUAAAUGGUUUGCAACUAGGCUUUGAAGCAAGAUUAUUCUGAAAGAGUAUUCACUUGCCCAAAGACAGCCAACCAUUUGUAAAGAAAUAUUUUUUUUAAAAAAAUUACAUCUUUAAUGGCUCAUUGUCACAGGGGCAAAAAAAAUUCAGAAUGACUUUUUGGCAUUUUUUUCCUUAGAAAACAUACUAAUUGUAAUAUAUUUUUAAAAGUGUAUAUGACUCAUGGACCCAUACUUAAUCUAGGUACGCUACUUCUAUAAAAAAAAUCGAAGAGUUAUAAAAAUAAAUAGAUCAGCAACUUGAAAGGCAUGUAGAGCAAAUCUCACCGUCAAAUGGGAACUGAAUUAGAUCACGUGUAUACAUGAAGGAAAUGUCUAGCUGUCUGGUAACCGGAUGCCAAGCCUGGAUGGCUAGCAAAUCCUCUUCAUAAUUUGAACAGUAUAUAGAUUUUCUGUAGAUGGAAAACCGAAAGAUGAAUUGAAAGGAAUUUCAUGAGUGGGAGAUACCUGACACCAUUGACAUCCAGUUUUCACAACAUGGCCAAGAAUGAUUCAGUCAUAGAAAUACUUGAUUCCCCGGAUAAAUCUUCAUAUUCAAAGAGAAAGUGUGGUGAGUUUGAUACUGAAUAUGGUGAUUAUGCAGCUGGACCAGUCCCUAAACAUCCACUGUUAGACUCGAUCACUGGUAGAUUUCAGCAGAAUUCUGCAGAAAGAGAGAUGAGGAAUGCUUUAUUGCAAUCGAAACGUGAUAUUGAGAAAGUCCAUUCAGACUAUCUGAAACAGAAUGUAGCAUGUCCUCGGGAACUGGCUAGAGCAGGUUAUGCUGCGAGUCACUGGGCGAAGAAAAAUGGGAUAAAAGAUACAACUCUCAGACCUGCUCAAAUGAAUCUUCAUGGUCAGACCGGUUGGAAGUCUUUAACUAACAGUCAAAUGAGUAAACAGGGUACCAGUCAGAUUAGUCAUACAUCGUCAAAAAACAGUCCUUUGAGAACCAGUACUGUAACUUCUGCAAGUCUGACAACUGGGUCGGGUACCAGUGAAAAAGAAAAUAAAUCCUCAGCAUCAGCAGAAGACAAUAUAUCAGUGAACAGCUUAAGAAAUAAAGAUGGUGAACUUUUUUCAAGUCAUAAAUCAGCCUCAACUUCAGAUGCACAAUAUAUAUGUCCAAUUUUAUAUUGUGAGGCGGAAUUUUCCUCGGAAGGUUCUUUAGGUCAACAUAUGAAUCUUUUCCAGCAUUCACCUUGCAACCCUUGUCGGCAUGCUAGAGACAGCAAACUUCUGCCAGACCCCUUGUUCUACAAGUGCCCAGAAUGUGACUUGCAGUUCAAUACCAAGGAUAUGUGUAGUGAGCAUAUGAACAUGGAAAACCAUUUAACUUUUUACCCUCCCCUUAAAAUUUCAGCAUAUUUAUGUCCUCAGUGCUUGUAUUUAUUUGAGACGUUAGGAACUUGUUGGAAUCAUAUGGAAAAGUCAAAACAUCACAGGAUAAGGUUUCCAUUCAAAGAUGAUGAUAUAGACAGUGACUUUAAUCUUCCUGUAGCAAUGGCUGAGGAGUUUGUUCAAGAUUAUAUUAGAAAAUGUAAAAAGAUAGCAUUCCAAGUUCAGUGCCUCGAUUGUGGAAUGGACAUUCUCACACCUGCAGAUUUCAGGGACCAUCAGAAUGAGACAAACAAUUUUCAUAUGAUGUCAGCACUCGCUGAUACAAUUUUGGCUGAUGUGUUCUCUACAUACAUAAAGACCUUUUCUUGUGAUACUUGCCAUCGUUUAUUUGAUGAAAAACCAGUGACAGAUUCAAGACAUAUUUGUGCAGGGGGCAUCGUGGGUAAUAUAAAAGCUGACCUAGUUAGAACAACAAGUGAAUUUGUUAAAUGUAGUGCUCUUUCUCUGAUAGCUUCUUUAAAAGGAAAACACUCGAGAAAUGGGACCCGGACUGUGGGCAAAGAUUGCCAUUCAAAGAAAAGUGAUCCUUCAGGAAUUCUUAAAAUUGAUCAAAAUGAGCCAGAAAAGUCAAAUACUGCCGGGGACUCUGUAAAGAGAGAGAGCACUGAUCUAAAAAGUGUUCAGAAUACGUUGUCAGCGGUUUACUUUUUAAAGGAGGAACCUGGUACAAACUUUGGGAGAGUUGCUGGAGAAACUGUUAGAUCUGAUAUUGAGAUUACAGUGGAAGACUCUGACUCUGAUAAUGACUGCAUGGAAGUAAUUGAUUGUGAAUUGACAUUCGAUAGUAUCCUUCUCAGUGACAGUGAUAGUGUUAUGGUAGUGGAAAGUCAAAGUAACAGUAAAAAUGAUCCAGUCAAAAGGAGAAAGAGGGGACAUUCUAGAAAUAGAUCACUAAAAAGGCUAACCACAGAUUUUGCAAAGACAGCUGAAGAUGUUGAGAUCUUUGAUAUUGAGGAGACAGCAAAGGAAGAAAACACACAUCAGAAACGGCAACUAGGAAGACAAUCAAAAACUGCAGCUAAUGAUCAUCUUGAUGAGAAAAAGAAUGCAGUGCUUACAAUUACAGAAACAGAAACUUCAAAGAAGAAAGCCUUGAUUACAGACUGCAAGGUUCAUGAGUCAUCCAGACAGGUCAGAUAUUGUCCAGCUGACUUAGCUGUCAAGGAUCAGAAUGAAAGUCUUAUCUCAACUGAACACUUGAAGAAAAUGAAAAAUAUUGUUUUCCUUGAUCUCAAUGAUUUUCAGUGGUUUUUUAGAGCACUUCCACAGUGUCCAACAGAGCACACAUUUGUAUGGGCAUUCUAUGGAGGGAACACCACAAUCAGGAAGAACAUGCUUACUGACACAUUUUAUGAAAUGAGACGGAAAGGGCUAGUGUACAUAAGCGAACAGUGUGGUACAACAAAAGACUCUGCUGACUUUGCUAUGGUGCUUACUGUUGGAAAGAUGGACGUGCGGCUUCCUGACAGUGUGACGUUCACAAUUUUAUCUGCAGGCAGAAGAUUCUCUGUAGUUGAGCGGCAGAUGGAAGAGUCACAGAGAUCGGCUUUGGUAAUAAAUCCCCUCAUGGGCAGGGGUGUACUCCUUACAGUGUUGAAAUGUAUUGCUCUUGAAAUGAGAUUUGAGGAUGUUACACAGCGCUGAAAUGGAAAAACAGCACACUUUUCACUACACUGAAAUGGGAUACUAGCUGACUUUUCACAAAGCUGAAAUGGGAAAAAAAAACAGCCGACUUUUCACAAAGCUAAAAUGGAAAAAACAGCCAACUGUUCACAAUGUUGAAAUGGAAAAACAGUUUUCACAGUCAAAUGGAAUAGGGUAAUUUUCAGUGUUUGUAUGUGUAGAAAGAAAUGAAGAAUAAACUGUAAUAAUUAAUAGUAAAUUUAACUAAAAUUUAUGUAGAUGGACCUGUAACAAAUGAAUACAUAUAGUUUACGGAAAUUACAAUAAUGGUUUUUAGCUCUACUAUACCAAGUAUAAGGAGAGCUGUCCUACUUGACUCGGCGUCGGCGUCCUUCCACAUCCCCACCUUGGUUAAAGUUUUUUACCCUUUCUCUUUUUUCUUCUAAUCUCUGUAAUUACUAGAUGGAUUUGAUUCAAACAUAAAAUAGUUAUUCCUCAUCAUCACCCACAUCAUCUGACAUAAGGGCCACAACUCUGACACCAAUAUUUCAAGAUUUAUCCCCCCUUUUCACUUAGAUUUUCAGGUUAAAGUUUUAAUGCACUUUCACUCUAUCUGUUAUUACUGAAUGGAUUUGAUUCAAACUUGAAAUAAUUGUUCAACAUCAUCACCCACAUUAUAUGACACAAGGUGCAUAACUGUGGCACAAAUAUUUCAUGAAUUAUUCCCCCUUUUUUAUUUAGAAUUUCAGGUUAAAGUUUUGAUGCACUUCUACUCUAUACCUGUUAUUACAAAUGGAUUUGAUUCAAACUUAAAAUAGUUGUUCAACAUCAUCUACCACAUCAUAUGACACAAGGUGCAUAACUCUGGUACCAAUUUUUCAUGAAUUAUGCCACCUUAACUUAGAAUUUAAGAUUAAUUUUGAUGCAUUUUCACUGUAUCUCAGUUCUUACGAAAUGCAUUUGAUUCAAACUUGAAGCAAUCGUUCCACAUCAUGGCCAUAUAAUAUGACACAAGAUGCAUUACUCUCGCAUCAACAUUUUAUGAAUUGUGCCCCCUUUUUGCUUAGAAUUAUACUUGUAUAGUGUUUUGAUACACUUUAUCUUUACCUCUCUUGUUACUUAAUAUUUUUGACACAGACUUAAGCUAUUGUACAAUAUCUUCAUCCACCAUCGGGGUCAUUAAACACUCCAGUGAAAGCUCCAGUUUCCUCAGAUGUGUUCAGUUUCACUAUCCAGCAUAAAAAUAGUCGAGCGAGCUGUCUCCUGUGACAGCUCUUGUUUGUUGCCAUGUUGAAUUCGGAAUUAUUUCAUAUAUGGUAAUACAUGUGUUGUUGAUGUGAAUUCUUGUACAUGUUAUACUAUUUUGAGAUGCAUUUCUUUAAUAAAAAACUUCUAGGAAAGUU